UCUCCAGCUCCCUGCUAGCAUCAUUCUCGCUCACACACAUCAUCUACAUACAGCAGCAACAGCCAUGGCGCCCUACAUUGCCAACAAGAAGCCUCUCGUUACGAUGGCACUUAUUCUGCUCGCUGUCCUAACCAUUGCAAACUGCAUCUGCUGCACGGUCGCUGCACGGGAUCUUCCCGGCAGCGGCUCUGUCGCAGAGGCUGCUAUGAUGGUGAGGUUUGAGAGGUGGGUGACGGAGCACGGCCGCACCUACAAGGACGCGGCCGAGAAAGCACGAAGGUUCCAGGUUUUCAUGGCGAAUGCCAUUUUUGUUGACAGUUCCAAUGCCGCAGGUGGCAAAAAGUAUCACCUGGCUAUCAAUGGGUUUGCCGACAUGACUCAUGAUGAGUUCAUGGCGAGGUACACCGGGUACAAGGCCACGCCGGCUACGGGCAUGAAGAUGCCCGGUUUCCAGUACGGGAACGUUACACAGUCAGAGCCCCAGCAGGCGGAGGUUGACUGGAGGCAGAAAGGUGCAGUUACAGGUGUCAAGAAUCAAGAGGAUUGCGGUUGUUGCUGGGCGUUCUCCGCGGUGGCGGCCAUCGAGGGCAUCCACCACAUCAAGACAGGUGAGCUGGUUUCGCUGUCGGAGCAGCAACUACUGGACUGCUCCACCAACGGGAACUACGGUUGCGACGGCGGCAAUAUGGACAACGCCUUCGAGUACAUCAUCAGCAACGGCGGAAUCACCACCGAGGACGCCUACCAGUACACUGCCAUCCAGGACAUGUGCCAGUCCGUCCAACCGGCAGUCACUAUCAGAAGCUACCAGGACGUGCCCCGCUACGAUGAGGACGCGCUCGCAGCGGCUGUUGCCAACCAGCCCGUGUCCGUGGGCGUCGACGCGAACAACUUCCAGUUCUACGACGGCGGCGUGAUGACCACGGACAGCUGUGGCACGGACUUGAACCAUGCGGUGACGAUAGUAGGGUACGGCACAGCUGAGGAUGGCAGCCAGUACUGGCUGAUCAAGAACAGUUGGGGGGAGACCUGGGGAGAGGGAGGGUACCUGAGGCUUGAGAGGGGUGUCAACGCAUGUGGCGUUGCCAUCCAAGCCUCCUAUCCAGUGGCGUGAACUCGGAAAACAACCCGCGCAAUCUAUAUCCAUGAAGGCAUGCACAAAUAAGAAUAUGUAAUAAUCCAUGCGCAUAAAUUGGUUUCUUAGCGUAAGGUAAACUUUAAAUUUAAUAAUUUAUGUGCCAUUUUAAAAAACUUCACGUAAUCGUCUAUAUAUACAUGUAACAUUUUUGUUGUUUGUAUUUUCUUGAA